AGAAGGGUUUUGAAGUACAAUGCUAUAAAUGAGUAUAUAAACUCGAAGUUUAAAGACCCAAAUGAGGAAAUGCAGAGAAUAUUAGAGAAGAAACACUUCAGAAACAAACAGAAAGAGAUAGAAUACAUUUCGAAGAAAUUGCAAUCUUACGAUUGGAAGACUUACCCUCAUAGAUGUCUUCUUAUCUUAGAUGACUUUGCUUCUCAUCCUUUGUUAAAGAACAGAGAACAAGAUAUGUGUCGAAUUCUUAAGAAGCUCAGACACUUUAACAUCUCAGUUGUCAUUUGUGUACAGACAGCAAAGAGUUUAAGUAAGGAUGUUAAAAGAAUACUUACUGACAUUAUACUUUUCCCCGGAUUGUCCGAAGACGAUUUCAUGGAACUUAUGAAAGAGUCCAUGGCAGGUAAGUUUGACAGACAUGAACUAUGGAGAAAGUACAAAGUCAUACAAGACCCUCAUACUUCUUUCAGAAUUCAUAUCUACGCAAACAAAGUUCAAAUUGUAAAAAGUCAAGCUUGA